UCUCAAGAUUGUAUGUGUGUAUGUAUGUAUGAAAUAUAUAUACUUAUACGUACAUCUGUGUGUCUUGUCCACAGCGUGUGACUGCAAUGUUGGAGGAUCUGCCACCAUGAACUGCAAUAAGCAAACUGGUCAGUGUAUUUGUAAACCACGAGUUUUUGGAAUGAAGUGCGACAAGCCAUUGAAGACCUACUUCUUCCCAACUCUUCAUCAACAGAAAUAUGAAAUUGAAGACGGUUACCGGCCAGGUGGAGGCAAAGUCUACUUUGCCUUUGAUCAGAGAGUAUUCCCAGACUUCUCUUGGAAAGGUUAUGCCAUCAUGUCUGAGAAACAGGUAAGAAGUUGGUAUUUUGGUGUUUUGGGGGAAGGUGUGGUAUAAUUGUGCGUAUGUGUGU